GCUCAUCUCAGAUAAAGAGGUGAGGGCUGAAAGUCCAGCUUUGAGAGUAACUCAAGGGAGUCUGCUGCUGUGCUCAGUAACAUACACAGCUUGUUCUGGCUUUGGUAUACGAUUCACUUUAAUCCAACCCUAGUUUAAUGCGAUGGUAAGGAUGCAGAUAGGACUCCUGUUUGUGCUGUGCCUGACCCUUCCUGGGGUACACUCUGAAGAAGUCAACGCCACCACUGCAACAGAUGACACCUCCUCCACCACCUCAGAUUGGGGGCUCGGAUCAAUCCGAGACAGCUUUGAGACUGUCAAUGGAUAUUUUGAUUCAUUCCUGGAGCUCCUUGGUGGCAAGAAUGGAGUUUGUCAGUACAAGUGUCGAUAUGGAAAGGCACCUUUACCCAGACCAGAGUACAAACCUAGUGAGCCAAAUGGGUGUUCCUCCUCCUUCCUUGGAAUCGAGGUACCAAAUGCUUUUGAUAUGGGAAUCCCAGCCAUGACGAAGUGCUGUAACCAGCUUGACAUGUGCUAUGAAAUUUGUGGAGCCAAUAAGUACCGAUGUGAUGCCAAGUUCCGCUGGUGCCUGUACGGAAUCUGUUCAGACCUGAAGAAAAGUUUAGGCUUUGUGUCAAAGGUUGAAGCUUGUGAAUCAGUGGCAGAUACCAUGUUUAACACAGUCUGGACCCUGGGCUGCAAAUCCUUCAUGAACAGUCAGCGAUCAGCUUGCAUAUGCAAUGAAGAGGAGAGAGAUGAGCUUUAAGGACAAAAGCUACCAAGUAUAUGUUUGUGUGUCUGUAUAUGUAGCACAGCUCUUCUUAGCAAUUAUAUACAUACAUAGACAACAUGGCAUUCCUUAUGGAUGCUUGAUAAUGAGACCUCCAUACAAUAUAGAUAUUAAUGCAUGAGCUGUUUUUUCCUGCGCAUGCAUGUAUAUAUAUAUAUAUAAUAACCUUCCCUAUCCAUGGCUGUAUAUACCUCACUGAUUAUUUAUUUUAUGUAAUAAUUUCACAACACAAGCAGAAAGUAAUAUCAAUUACUGAGCAGCCAUUACAUGCCACCUGCUGACAAUGUUGUGGAACAGCCAUGAGUUCAAAUGAACAUCCGCACUGAGUGCAUGGUUACCUCCUUUUUACUUGUUUUUUUAAGUUAUUUUUAAGUUUUAGUUUACUUUUUUUUCUUACUGAGUCUCCCCAGCCCACACAGGUUCUCCGUCCACUCUGAUAGGCCAUAGGAGCUUCUGCCAAAGUCAAUCUAUAAGUCCUCGCUGAUCUGCUUUGUAUGAAAAUAAAUGGACAUCAGUAUCUCACAUGGCUAUUCUACCUUCCAGUGAAACACAUUAUCUUCAUCUGUAAGUUGUGGCAACUAAAGGAUAUUCCACUGAGCAGAGCAGGGGAAUAUGAGCCACAUAUUCAUGUUGUGCUGUAUACAGUCCUUGAUCGCCAUGGUUCUGGUGGCUUGUCAAGCUCAUCAAUUGUAAAGUGCUUUUGUUUGAGUAAUGCAACAAAAGCAUUACUUUAAUGAAAAGUAUCUUGAUAUUUAAAAUAAAACAAAUUUACAAAA